GCCGAUGAUGCUCGUAACACUAGCGUCAAAAUUCUGAACAACCCAUGCCUAAUCUGCCUCUUUAAGAAUCGUUUACGGAAGAAGGAAGAAGGCAUUGCAAAAUCCCAUAAUUCUUAGUUGUGUGUGAAACAAACUGUCAGAGCCCAGCUUGCGCUGUCAAAUCGUAAUGGUGCGACAACUAGCUAGCUAGUAGCUACCUUUGUGAUUACCUAGCUAGCUAGCUAUCUAGGAUUUAAUCACAGCAUGCGCUGGAUAUAUAAGUGCAUUUCUGUCCUUGAACUAGAUUUACUAUUUUAUCCUCCCGUAAUCGCAAACAUGAUGGUUCGAAAAGUGAUGAGGCUGCGUCUCUCCCAGAGCCUCCGCGGAUCAUGUCACUGAUCCUGUUCGCCUUUGUUGCUCGGGUCAGGGAUGGGCUCCCUCUCUCUGCUUCCACAGACUUUGAACAUAACAAAGAGUUGCAGGAGCGCAAGCAGCAGCUAAAGACCAUAUCUAAAGCACUGGCCCUUUUCCCACCGAGAGGGACAGUUAAGGGCCGUGAGCUUAACAUAUACUUUAUCUCCUCAGAUGGUGUCUCGUAUAUGGCCGUUUGCUCCUGUAGGCUCCCCACUGCCAUGGCCUUCUGCUUUCUGGAAGAUCUCAGAUGGGAGUUCACAGCAUGCUUUGACAGCACCACGGUCUCUUUGGCAAAUAGGCCAUAUCCAUUUUUGGAAUUUGACAGCAUAAUUCAGAAGGUGAAGCAUCAUUACAGUCAGAACGGGAGUCCCUCCCUGGGGAGCAGUUUGGCCAAGCUUCAGGAAGAGCUGAGGACAAAGCCUCCACCAGUGCUCAACUUGGAGGACAUGGAGUUCUGCAAUGGAACAGCCAAUGGACACGCAGAGUCCGCGGCAGGAUCUGGCCCAAAUCAGAGAUUAGAGCCUGUGACAGCCCCUGGGAUCCUCUCCCUUGUCCUCAACAUCAUGUGUGCAGCUCUGAACCUCAUUCGAGGGGUGCACCUCAUUGAGUACACCUUCCAGGAUGAUUAUGAGGGGAUAUGGAAUGUCAUUGCAUUUCUCUUAGCAUUUGUGUGCUGUCUUUGUCAGUGCUACCUGUAUGUGUUCUACACAUCAUUAAAGAAGCUGAAGUCCUUCACCCUGUUGACCCUCAUCAUUCUAUGCAACGUCUUUCUGUAUGGCCUGAGGAACAGUUGGCAACUUGCCUUCCACAUUGCAGUGGCAACCGUCUCCACGUGUCUCAUUCUGUCCAGAAAACUUCACGAGAGGACAGCUGACUGUGGAGUCUGAGAGCACUGCAGCUUUGAGCUCAGUAAGGGACAACAGACUGUGUGGGAACUCACCAAUAAGAAAGCUGAAUGUGGUAACUGAACAAAUAACUUAUUAUGCUCCUAUUUUACUAAUUGUAUUGAUUUUGUUUUAACUGUCCAUAUGAUGAUUUGCGCUGUUUGCAAUGCAAUCCAUACACUUGGUCUGUACGAUAUUUGUUCCAAAAGAAAGGAAGUGGUGGCAUGUAGUAGAGUAUUGGAGUUUCCUCUUCAUAAGCCAAAUUACUACGCCAAAAAUAGUAGCUAAAAAAGUAGCUUAAAUAAAGCAGGUGUUGGUAAAAUGUGUGUUUGGCCACCACCAUGAAAUGAAGGAUGACUUAGCAUGAACACUGCAUAAAUAUACAGUUAAGAGUCUUAUGGAUAGGUGAGGCUUGAUUAUAACUAGAACAUACCUAAAUAGUGAAGUGAUCUCAGUAAUGGAAACUUAUUAGCAUUGUUUAAGAAAACAUUAAUUCAUGAAAUGGAUAGGACUGAACUUUGAAUUCAAGGUGGUAUUUACUUUAAUGAAGUCCACCGUGUAAUGUAUUAGAUCGUGUAACAUUUGUCCAAAAAGUUUGCACUAGGAAGUUGCUUUGUCUCAGUUGUUCUGUGAUAGCAGGAGCAGGAUUCAGUAAUAUGGCGCUGUCAUUUAGCUUUAAAUGUAAGCAAUAUUUGGGAGGGUUCCUUAUUUGUUGUAUAGACAACUUUUUAUUUUAUUUUAUUUUGAAAUGAACAAAAAUUGUUUAAAAACGGUUUCAAAAUAAUAAUGAACUGUCUUUAACAUUAAAUUGAAAGUCAGCCCACAAUGCUGAAUGAAAUAACUUGAACAUGUGUGAUUCCCACUAGUCAAAAUGGUUGGUUAUAUUGUUUUCCCCACAAUAGUCUGGUAUAGUGGUAUACCAUCUCUGUGUUUUAUUUCACUAAGUUAAAGGUCUUAAACAGAAUGUAAAUAAAGAGGAAAAAUAUUGGGAAGAAACCUCCAUAAAUUAAACGGUUAAAAUCAUUUUUAAAAUUUCCUCCCACCUGUACAUGUUGUACAGAACGGUUGCUAUAAAUUGUGAUAGAAGUGAUAGAGAUAUUAAAAGCAAUAGGAAAUAAAAAUAAAUAUUAAGAACACUUCAUUAUGACUCCGAGAGUAACAGAGGACUGACAAAUAUGUGAUGUACUAUGAUUGCAAAAUUAUGUUAUAUACUUAAAAGUAUGCACUUAUUCUCAGUUUACUGAGUCUACCUGUGUGUUGUCAUGAUAUUCAUAGCUUACUAUUAUUCCAGUAACAAUUAGGAAAAGUUUAUAUACUACUGAAUGUAUGGCUGUUUCUAUAGGUGGCUACGCUCCAUAGUCUACUGCUGCAUAUAUGUUACAGUGACGGUUGUAGUGCGCACACUUAGCAGAUGCAGCAGUGCUCAGUCCCUAUCAGGCACCACUAGCACUAGUAGCUGUUGUUUAGUAGAAGUUUAUGGAUGGUCUAACUGAAUUUAUAGCAAUGAUGUCCUAGUUUCUGGUGUGGAUGCAUUUUAUUUAGAGGUAUGUCUUUGGCUUAUCUUACAGUAUGCAUUUAAUAAGCUGUUGCUAACAUUUCGGCUAGUUGGGUUCACAAUGUGUUGGUCGGGGUAUCAGCUAAAGUUUUGGUAAUAUUUGAUACAUGACCUGUACUGAGAGUGACCAAAUACAUUUGAUGUUUACAAAUAUAAAUGCAUUGUACCUAAUCAAGGUCGUCACUAAUUUAAUUGAUCUGUUGAAGAAAUAAACACCCCAUUGCAGAGACUGCUAACAAUCAUUGUGAAGUAAAUCACAAAGCAUUUUUAAAGUAGAUAGCUGCAUAAUUGCUCUGCUUUCUCAGUCAGUCUUUCAUAACAUUAAAAAAUUGGAUUAGAAAAUGACCUUGUACAAUGAUUACAUUUUUUUUAAAAACAUUAAUUAGGUAUGAUGGGACAACAAAGUGGUCGCUGCUAUUGCUGGGUUGGAAUGGAUUGAUGUAAGCAUUUCAUUAUUGUUUGGUAAUUGUGGUAAUGCCUUAUAGUUGAAAAUUGCAUUGAAAACAACUGUCAUUCUCAUAAAGGUAUUUCGUAAGUGGUAAGGAAUGUAUUUCUGGUUAAUUUAAUGUUUGUUGAACUCUUGUCUAAACCAGGUAUAGCUAAGCAUAAAUUUAAGGGCUCUGUUCAUGUCAAAAUACAUGAUUAAGAAAUUGUAUAUAUUUUUACAAGAGGAAUUUUGAUUAAUCUGGGUGUGAAACAUGAAAUGUCUUUAUUAACAGUGUUUAUUCGGUGUGAAUUGAAUUACAGAGAAUCAUAUAGGUAAAGAGUGACAAAAUGGUCAUGAUUAAUUGACUUUCUACACAGUAAUUGGACAGAAUAUUGAGCUAAAUAAUAGGUUAAUGGGUUAUUUAAAUAUACAUUACAUACUGGAAGUGAAUAAAACCUUGGUUAAAUGAGGGAGAACAGGGGCUGCCACACAGGUGCCAUUAAAUAAACAGACAAAUUCCCAGUAUACUGUACAUACCACAUGUUGGAUGAGCCCAAUUGCCUAUACUUAUAGCUAGAAUAGAUGCAAAGAGACCUCAGUACUUUUCCAUUGAUCAGGACAGCUUAACUUGUUGAUGCUUCACAGGCAACGAUGUCUAAGGUGAUGUCAACAUGAAACUCCAUGAAAAAAGGAAUUAUCAGCGGAUGACAACCGUUGAUGAAAUUGCAUAUGCUAGUCAUGUGCAUUAAUUGCAGUCCAUGCAUUAAUUUGCAGUCCAAGCUAAAACAGGCAGAUCUCCAUGGUUCAGUUGACUGCAAAGUUUAACCUGGCAUGAGAAUGGUUUCAUCAAAAGGAUGGUGACUCAGCAGUCUCAAGUGAUUAGAUUAGUGUUUACAUUUUUUGUUCACCACCUGUAGAAUUUUCAUAUCGAUAAUGAAUCAUACAGAACCUUAUAUGUUCUGUACAUGUGGCCAGUUAUUUACAGCUGUGUUAAAGUUGUAAAGCAGUGUAGUUAAUUUAUUUACAUUGUUCUAUAGCAAUUGCACAAAUAUGAAGGCAGAGUAGAUGUACCGUACAAAUGUAACUUCAAUUAUAACGUAUUAUUUCACACUGUAUGCAUUAUUCAGGCUGUAAAACUAUGUUUUAAAACCAUGUUUAGUUUUCAAAUCAAAUUGACUUGGAAUUCAAAUGACAGUGUUGAAACAUGCUCGUCUGUAAAUACAAAAACUUUUAAAGUUAUGCACUGGUUUUUUUUAUUUAUUUAUGUACAUGUACCUUUUUUAACAGUGACAACCAAAGCAUGUCUUACAGGUGAAUAGAUACAGUUCCUAAAAUCAUUCAGGUUUCCUUUUCAAAUUCUCUCAGGAGGGAGGUGUACAGACAGGAUUAAUCCCUUGUGGAACAGGUAUAGUUUGACCAUGUGUUGUCAUUUUCCAAAACAACAUUGCAUUUUAAAUGGAACACUUGCUGCCACAUCUCAGCAUCCCCCCUGUGAUGUGUUGGUGUUGAGGUAAUUGCACUGGCUCUCAAAGGGUUAAUUUCAUAUUGAAUGAACAUAAAUGCUGAUUUAAAGAUGCAGAAGAAAUUCCAGGCUUCAGUGCCCUGCAAAGGCAAUAUUCCAGGUGUCCCAAAUCACAAGUGUCUAUUAAGUGUCACUGUGCCCUCCAGAUUUAGAGCCGGCUAUCUCUCACUCAUGUCAUUUGUUUUGAUUGAAAUACAUUCCUGUCUUAAUCUGCACUUAAUUAGCCAGUUCUGCAGGCAUGGGCAUGUGUCAUCAGGGCUACUCACAGGGGGCCCCGAAGAUCGACAGCAUUUUCAGAUGUUUGAAUGAGCAUUUUACCCUCCUGAUUGAAGUCAUCCUCAUGUUCAUCAGAGGUUUAAUAUCCUGUCACUUCGGCAAGUGAUAUUCAUAAAGACAGCUGCAAAAUGUGAUGGGUUGUGGCCUUCUUGCUGCACAGCAGAACAUUCAUCUACAAGUUAUUUUACUGGAGAAGUAUGUGGAACUCCUGCUAGAACUAAUUGUAGGUGUGACAAUCUGAUUGAAGAGUUUGCAAUUUCAUAUCUGUCUUCUGUUUCACACUUGCUGCAAGAAUAGAGACAAACCUCUAUUGCUAACAAGCUAUUGGUGCAGUCUUAAUACAAGUACAAGUUCAUGCAUUAAUCUUGUGAGGUUUUUGUAUACUGAAUAUUUUUUGCAGCUGGUUUAUGCACAACAAAAAAGCAUCUUAACAGAAAGAAGCUAAUUGGGAUGUUAUCUCAAAAGUACAAUGUCAGAGGACUGUUGUUACAGUGGAUCUCAAGGGUGAUACUGUAUGUUUUCAGCGUCUUUUACUCUGCUGAAUUCCAAAAAGGAAACUAUGAUAUAUUGAUUAAUCGUACACUUGCUGUAAUGUGAUCAUUACAGUUAGAAUUUAGAGAAGGUACAUAUGAAGAUGCUAAUUGUUGAGCUCUUUCCUCCACUCCAAAUUUUCUUUCGUAUGCCCCUUCCCAGUGUAAGAUACGGUUGUAUUUAUUAAAAGUGGUUGGUCCACCAUGUUUUUUUUUUUAUAGGCUUGGCUAAGCCAAGUGGGAUUCACAGUGAUGUAUUUGACAUAAAAUCACUGAUGUUGAGAAUUCUGAAAUCGAGUGUCCUACACAGCCAGUAUGUUCUAGUAAAUGAGACUGAAUUAAUGAAUAGGUAAUGCUGUUGUUUGCACUGUAUGUUAAUGACAUGUUUAUAAAUCUGUCAAUUUAAUGUUCAAAGAUGCGUCUGACAGACCUUUUCUUCAUUCAUAUAGUACGGAAACUUGGAUGUACUGAAAAAGGGAUUUGCAGCAUCAGUCAACCUUAAUAUUUUUCCUGAUAGGCUUUUACAAUAAUUUUUUUUCUUUUGUGGUGUUUCAAUUAGAUGGGACAAUUCAGAAUUUCACCUACUAGAGUAUGUACAAAUCUGCCACUGAAGUUAUUGGAAGCUCAAAGUGAGCGCUAUCAAUAGUGGAGAUUAUUAAGGGUUGGCUGAAGCUCGCAAUUAGUCUGUCAGUCUCAUCCCCCGUUAAAAAUUAAAAUAACCAGAAGCGAAAUUGAGUUUUCUGUCCUGGCAAGAACUAAUUAGUGAUAAAAGCAAACUGUCUUACUGUCUGCAGUAAAUCUGGUCUGAUAUUCCUGAGGAGCUACCUGUUCAUGUUCAGCUGUGGUGACUCAGAUGCAUUUAGCUUUCUUGGGGGUAUGAGGUUGUCAUUUUAUACUUUGUUUAUAUGCUUAUUAUACUGCCAAAAACAGAGACAUUGACAGUUGUUAUUACAGCUUUAAGCACUUCCUGUCUGAUAGGUGUCACUAAAUAAAGCAUUUGUUUUGCAUA